GCGAGCAUGUACCGGCUCUUGAGCCCGAGCCUGGGCCGAGGCCUUCUGCGGGCCGCGGGGCGGCGGUGCCGGGCCUGCUCGGCGCGCCUGCUCCCGGGGCCGGCAGGAGGCCGGGCGCCUGAGGUGGGGGUGCCGGCAUCCCGAGUCGCGCCGCGCGGCGGAGGCCCGGGCCUGCUGCCGCUGCUGGCAGCGCUCGCCUGGUUCUCGAGGCCCGCUGCGGCAGAGGAGCAGGAGGAGGAGCGGCAGGGAGCGGGCGGGGCCGCCGCCGAGGGCGCGGCGGACGAGGCCGAGGCCGAGAUCAUCCAGCUGCUGAAGCGAGCCAAGUUGAGCAUCAUGAAAGAUGAGCCAGAAGAGGCUGAGCUGAUUUUACAUGACGCUCUUCGUCUUGCCUACCAGAGUGAUAACAGGAAGGCCAUCACUUACACUUAUGAUUUGAUGGCCAACCUAGCAUUUAUACGGGGUCAACUUGAAAAUGCAGAAAAACUUUUUAAAGCAACAAUGAGUUACCUGCUUGGAGGGGGCAUGCAACAGGAAGACAAUGCAAUAAUUGAAAUCUCUCUAAAGCUGGCCAGUAUCUAUGCUGCUCAAAAUAGUGGAAGAGAAAGCCAACACCCACCUCCUCCUUGGCAUGUGCUUAGACACCUAUGCUCGCUACCUUCUGUUCUCCAAGCAGCCAUCACAGGCACAGAGGAUGUACGAAAAAGCUUUGCAGAUUUCUGAAGAAAUGCUAGGAGAAAGACACCCACAGACCAUCGUGCUGAUGAGUGACCUGGCGACCACCCUGGACGCACAGGGCCGCUUCGACGAGGCCUGCAUUUAUGUACAGAGGGCGUCCGACCUGGCCCGGCAGAUCGAGCACCCCGAGCUGCACAUGCUGCUCAGUAACCUCGCCGCCAUCCUGAUGCACCGAGAGCGAUAUGCACAAGCAAAAGAGAUCUACCAGGAAGCGCUGAAGCAAGCAGAGCUGAAAAGAGAUGAGGUUUCUAUACAGCACAUCAGGGAAGAGUUGGCCGAGCUGUCAAGAAAAAGUAGACCUUUAACUUAAUUUGAUGAAGCGCUAAAUCCCUUUUUGUUGUAGGGCGUUUUCAGCAACAGCGAUUAGUCCGGUCUCAGUGACGCCCAAAUCAAUGGCUUAGAUCCUUUCUCCUUGAUACUCAAGUUUUGUCAGCGUAGCUAUGGUGAAGGACAAGUUGUAUACACUGCCACUUUGUGUUUUUAAAGGAAAAACAGCUUUCACCCCUGGCCGAUUUUGACUCUUAAGGACAGAUGUCAAGUGAUGCUUUCAGUCGUAACCUACUGGUGAGGUGCCGUCCGUGCUGGUGUCGGUGGACGUGUGGAUGGAGACGGGCCAGGUUUCCCUUGGGUGGGUGCGUGGUGAGUCAGCCAGGCAUCUCUAGCCUAAGAUUUUGAUCCAUUGAUUUGUUACCCUCUUUUUCAUUUUAUCGCUAUCUGGCAGAUCAGAGCUACAUGUCUCAUGGCAAAGGGGGAUUAUGGUGAGUUAUUUUUCUUCUCUCUUUCAUGAAGCCCAGUGUGGGAUGUAAUGCGUAGUGGAGCAAAAGUAUUGUCUUGGUUUGCACCAGCGUCCAGCAUGAAGUUUUAAAGUAGGAAUUAGGCCCUUGAAAAAUAUACCUAUUUAAUUAUAAGUAAAAGUGAAGUGUAUGUUUUUAUAUCCGGUUACAUACGACUAUGAAAAGGGGGAAAAAGGAAUGCUACGAAGUCUUGUCGAUGCUGUUGGAGCACUCCACUUCCUUUGCAGCCUUGGUCCCUGACCAGAGUCAUCUGCACCUGCCCAGGCUGCACCCCCAAAGCUUCGGUGUCAGGGUAGGGCCUUACAAGUACAAUAUGUGAAGUCUCCCCAGUGGUUCUGACAUGUACUUGCUGGUACAGUAGAAGGGUCACUGAUCUGGAUCCUAGUUCUGGCCUUUUGUGUUUGGGUCUCAGGAUCCUCAUCUGUAAAGUAGGGGACCGAUGAGAUUCUCCUUUAGCUGUGGGAGAACGUACGUGGUCAGGUCACCUUAAACGACUAGACUACUGUGUUGAGAGCACCUUACCACACUGCCUCAGAGUGCAUAAAGUAUAAACAUAUGAGCUAGGUAGAAGGAUGUUUUUACCUCCGAAGUCUUGCAAAGAGCCAUUUGCCUGGGGGAAAGGCAGUUUUUGUAGGUGCCAUGAAGGAACACUACUGUUGGUAAGCCUUUGGGGGUGGGGGUGUGAGUGGGAAUGAUAAACAGAUAUUUUUGUUUCCUGUGUACAUACUGGAAGAAUCCUUUCAUAAUAAACUAGAGACUCUACAACAA